GAUUUUUGUUUGUUAACAGUUGCAUACUGCCAUUGACUUGAUCUAAUCUAUCCCAUUACUCGCUGUAGUCUUGAGGGUUUCAGUAGGUGCGUAAAAUGCUGCAAAGGAGGCUCCCUUUGAGCUAAAAUAUUCGAUAUCAAUAAGUAACUGAGCAGAAAGUGAAAAAAGCAUUUGUGUUGCCAGAAAAUCCCUUGGAAGAGCGAAGGCUAUGAAUGAAACAGGGUUUUAGGUUUGUUGGCAGAACAAGAAGGCAUCACCAGACCACACCUGAUGGUUCCACGACGGAAAAGGAGAAAACAAUGAACAUCGCAAGGUGACACUAUCCAACAUCCAACAUGCACUGCUGUUCGAUUCUGGGACUACUUAAUAUCUCAACUUGCUAUGUGUAUCCGUUCUGUGCGAAGCCAUUUAAAAAUUGGUGUUGCGAUUCAUGCUUCAUGUAAGCUCAGUUGGACAAAACACUGGUUGUUUCAGUAUUGCUAAUUAUAUUUACGAACUACUUGAAUUUCCUAAGUGGAAAAAGAAACUUGCCAUGUUUUCUUUUACACUGUAUCCUUGUAAGGAUUUUGUCUUUCAAUGAUCAGUUGCUAUUUGAUUCCAAAAUUGGUAGACUGUGGUCAAUCACUUUGGAAAACCAUAAAAGUAGUAAUCUUGACCAAUUUUGUAACUUUGUAGUAUAUUUAAGAUCAUGAAAAGACCAAAUAAACAUCGACAGCUCCAAUUCUUCAGCCUCUUCAGCAGGAAACCUAAAUCAAAAUCAAAGCUGGAGAUGUCCACAGUUACAAUUGAAGGAGUGCACACAAAAAUGGAAAGUGAGGAUGAGAAAAAGAUGUCCUCCACCAACAGGACAAUGCAAUCAUCCAGUAAUGAACAGUUGUUGGGCACUCUGGAGUGUCCACUCUGCCUUCUUAGCCAGCCUCGAUCCGAGUUCCCAGAGAUCAUUUCUUGUCAUCAUCGUUCUUGCCUGGAUUGCUUACAGCAAUAUUUGAAAAUUGAAAUUACAGAGAGUAGGGUCAAUGUUGCCUGUCCAGAAUGUUCUGAGUUGUUUCAUCCAUCAGACAUCCGUAUGAUUCUCAACAAUGGCACUUUGAUGGAAAAGUACGAGGAGUUCAUGCUGCGAAGGUAUCUUGCAUCUGAUCCAGAUGCCCGAUGGUGCCCUGCACCUGAUUGUAGUUAUGGAGUAAUUGCCAGUGGCUGUGCAACUUGCCCAAAGCUGACAUGUGAGCGGUCAGGCUGUGCGACUGAAUUCUGUUACCACUGCAAACAACUUUGGCAUCCAGACCAAACCUGCAGUGAGGCCCGUAAGCAGAGAGAUGUGUUCGUGGCUGGAAUAGAAAAACACUCUACCUCUCUUAUUCACAGUGAAGAAUCAGACAAUGCGGAAGAAAUCAAGCCUUGUCCACGUUGUGGUGCUUUUAUCCUGAAGAUGAAUGAUGGAAGCUGCAAUAGGAUGACAUGUGCUGUGUGUGGUUGCCAGUUCUGCUGGCUGUGCAUGAAGGAGAUUACAGAUCUGCACUACCUCAGUCCCUCUGGCUGCACAUUCUGGGGCAAGAAACCCUGGAGCCGGAAAAAGAAAAUUUUCUGGCAAGUGGGCAUGUUGGUUGGUGCUCCAAUUGGAAUUACGUUGAUUGCUGGCAUUGCUGUUCCAGUUAUGAUGGUUGGGCUCCCCAUCUAUGUUGGCCGAAAGAUUUACAGCCGUUGUGAAAGUAAUAAGAUAUCAAAACAUAGACGGAGACUUGCUGUAGCUGGAGGCGUGGUUUUAUCCAUUAUUGUGUCCCCUGUGUUAGCUGCAGUGACAGUCGGUAUUGGUGUGCCUAUAAUGCUUGCAUAUGUUUACGGUGUUGUCCCAGUGUCGCUGUGUCGCAGCGAUUGGUGUGGAGUUACGACUGGAAAUGGGAAAGGAGUAAAGAUUGAAAUCGAUGAAGAUGCUGCCUCUGUUAACGAGCCACGGCCUAGACUACAUAAUCACAGCAUCAGUGGGAGCAGUGUGCAAGAGGUGACCAGUGGCCUGAGUGCAAGUGGGAGCAACCUAGACAGAGCAGGUGUCAAAUUAGAAAACGAUCAAUCAGCGAGCACAGUAGCAUUAGCAGGAAGCAUGCUGAGUGCAGAACAGGAUUCUUCAAACAGGGAAGGAAAGAACAUAGAGGUCCAUGUAGAUAUUGAAACAGAGCCCGGCGGAGUGAAAGAUCGCAGCAGCAGUAGCUACCUAUCUGUUCACAGUUUGUCUAUGGAGUCACCAAACUGCUCAAGAGAACUGUUGUGUGGCACUAGUCCAAAUACCGAACGGAUUUCCAUUCAGACCUGUGUUUGAAAGAGUUUAAGCCUUGUUCCUUUUUAGGUGCAGUAGUUUCUACCCCCAUAAAUCAAAGAUUAAAAUUAAACGAAUAUACGGAAUUGCUGAGUUUUCACAUCUGUAAACACUGAUUAAUAUCUCGACACACCUAGUUACAAAACAACUCCAACCUACCCACAUACGUGCAGCAUUCAUCGUGAGCUUCCUUAUUCUUUUUUAAAAUUCUUGAAUUUUAAUAUUAUUUAUCUGAUUUUUGCCUGAAUGUUGACAGACUUCCCAACCCACAGGAAUGUUUUUGUGCUGCCUGUUGCACUUUGUAGCACUCCGUUUUCAGCUGCAUUUGAGGCAGCAUUGAAAGUAAUUUCUACUGUUUGCCACCAGCUCCACUUGAGCAAAAUGUUGACUGUUUUGUCUAAACCAUGUUCAAAUAGGUAUUUCAGCAAUAAAAAGGUAAGAAACUAUUAUAGAAAUGUUAACAUUAGUUUGAUUUUCCACCCCAUUAAAACAGCAAAGUAAUGUUCUGAACCAGUUUAACACUUGUUGGCUGAUACUGGAAGCAUAAAUUAUAACUCAAAAUCCUUGAUCAAUUUUUUUUUAUUCCCCUCCAUCAUUGGUGUUCUGAUAACAUUCCUUUUCCCUGAUUUUAUUUUUCUGAAUUUAAAGCUCUUUAAAAAAAUAGCCCUGAAAUAUCUAGGAACUAAAAAAAAAAGAAAAUUAAAAGCCUCUUGUAUUAAAAGAGGACUUUAGUUUUCACCCCUUCCCCAAACAGAAUCUUGUUGCUACUGGUUGCUUUAAUUUGUGUAUAAAGGAUAUAAAUUGAGGAAGCCAGUGGAAUGGGAGAAUUUCUCACUGUCCUGCUCAAAUGACAUUUUAUUCUAUAAUGUGAUGAGGACUUCAAUAUUUUAACAAUAAUUGGUUCAAUAUAAUUAGAGAAAAACAAAUCUGUGUAUGUUUAUAUUUAAUGGGAAACUACAUAAUGAAACAUUGCAGAUUUCAUGCACAAUUUGAAUAAAGCUCUGCAGUCAUGGAAUGAAAAUCCUGACUAUGCUUCAAACAGCAAUUUGUUCAGUGGCGUGAGAUAAAUCAUGGUGUUUAUCUGCUACAGAUGAGCAUGUACGUCUCUUGCAGGUUCCCCCAACCUUCUCCAGAAACCCCCAUGAAACAACUGUUUCGAGUCCAUUACAUUGUUUCUAGGGGUGUCCAGCCUGUCUUCCACCAGAGUUACAGUGGGAAAUUGAUGUUACACUCACAGAAUUUAGGGUAAUAAAAUGUAUGCACUUUGUGUUCUUUGUCUCGCGCACACACGUGCUUGUACAUGCACACACACGCACCCACUGUAUCAUCAGUUGCUUGCCAUAUGCAGUUGCUGACUGAUUAUUCUCAGUUUGUACGCUAGUUAUGCUUCUUGCAUUAGAAGAUCUGUGUUAGUUGUGCAUUACAUGAGUUCAGUGAUAUAGACUUAUGUCCAAUUGGGCUUGGAUCCCAGAUGGAUCACUAUUGAGAAUUCAAUAAUAAAGCAAAAUAUUCUGUCCCUUUGAGCCUAGUUUAAAAUUUAGCUGUUUGAGGACAAAUGACUGUUCCAACACAUCAUUUGUCCUAAACUAAGCUUUGUCAUCCUUGCCAACAACAAAUGUGCUUCCCUUUCCUUCUCAAAGAAUGGGACAACUUUGUCCUUAGUUUUAAGAAACACUACUGAUUAUUGAUGUAAAAACUCAGCUUAACAUUCAGUAUAUUUUUUCCAAAGUCUAUAAUUAUUUUCUGAUAAUGACCACUGGAGGGGGUGGUUGUUCAUUAAAUUACUGCAAUACUUCAGCUGCAGACGUAACAGUGAUUUUCUGAUCAUCUUCAGGAUUGAAUGUGCCACCUUCUGGCUGUGGCUCAGUGAAAAUCCGUCAGAAUCCACUUUAACCUCUGUGCUCAAUUUCAAACCAUGACAACAGCAUGCUGGCUUUUUAGUUCUGAUACUGUGCUGUGAAAUUUGUCUUCUGUGUGCAAUGAGAAAGAGACUAAAUGCAAACAUGCAGUUUCAUUACUGGCAGAGCCUGGAAUUGUAUGAUCAGCGUAAUUUUUUGUGCCAAUUUUAAAGGCCAAUUUGCUGGAAAAGUGUUGCUAUUGUGUAACCAGAAGUACUCAUGAAGUAUGGAAUCUUGAGUUGGCACAGCCUUUCCAUGAAGUGUGAGAUUGCAGUUCACUGUAAAUCCAGAGACCACAAAGUGCCAGAAAUGUUUGUUUUGGUAUGUGGAAUUCUUGUAGAGAAGUUGAAUAGACUCGACUUUAAAAAGACUUAAAUCGUUAUUUGAAUGUAUGCUGAUUAAAUUGAAAGCUUCAAAUGCUCAGCAGAUCACAUUAACCUGCAAGAGUUUGGAAAAGCAUGUUUAAUAUCUCAAAUGUGCGUAAUAACAGCAAAUAAGUUACUGGGUGUUAUUGUUGAAUUUAAUAUGUCAGCUUUAGCCUUAUAUCAGCUAGGAGAAAGUGUUAUUUAUGUGGUUAACCCUGAUUCUGGGAGCCAGAUGGUCCCCUGAUGAUCUUUGUAUAAUAAUUGGCACAUUACAAUCUGCAUAUUCUAAAUUAUAAAACAUUUUGGCUGCAGAACAUUUUGAGCAUGUCUCAUCAGAGUCGAGGACCCUUAUUCUGCUGCCGUAUUGGAUUGUGCACCACAUACACUAGUUCUAUCUGCAAGAUACCAGUUCCAUAUCUUAAAGAAGCAUUCCUUCAUAAACAGGACAUCAUGUGCUCACAUUGCUAGUGUCGUACAAUGAAAACAAUUCUUUAGAAUUUCAGUAGUAUUGCUUGUUUUAGAAACUGCUACAUUUCUUUAAAAAAUGAUGAAUAAUAGUGCUCAACAACCAAUAUUGCCAGGUGUACAUUGCAUCAUAUACUAACACCUGAUAUGCUGUUACCUUAGCCCGUGAGGAUUAUAUUCGGGCCACUGUGUGUCACAUCCAGGUUGCAAAGGUAGAUGGUAAACCCUGAAAAAAUUGUGGAUUCUUUAAUUAAGGAUGCCUUUGCAUUAGCUAAAAUUUGAUAGACAGCUUUUAUUCAUAAUCAUUUAUAAGCCAUCAAGUGAACAUUUUGCAGUACUUUUGUAUGUUUUGCAAAGCCUGUUAUCAAGGAAUGCUCCUCAUAAAAUGCAUGAUUUGCUUAAUUUCCAUUCUCAUGAACUAUUAAAGCAUAACUCAAUUUUUAAAAACAUAUAUCGUCACUUUUCAUUAUAACUUCUGCUUUGCUAUGGUCUGAGCAUAAUCAAUGUGCACAUGUCAAUAUGGCAGCUGAGAUGUUAAAGUUAUUUGCCAUUAAACCUGAUAUAAUAAUUGUAAGCUGCUCCUCAAUGUAUAUUACAUUAGUAUAAGAACUAUAUGUACCUAUAAUUCUCUAGUUCGCACACUUUUGAGUGGAUGCAGUCGUAAAGAGGUAGUGCAGUCUGAAUUUCUACCAUAAGAUGCACAUUGUGUAAUAUAUAAAAUCUGAAAUGGAAAUGCCUUUAAUAUAAAAAAAACUUGAGUGAGAAAAGUUUUGAAUGCAUGUCCUCGUAGCACCUGAAAUAUAAUGUUGACUUUGUUCUGCUGAGGACUUUAAAACUAUUGUUAUAAUAUACUGUAGUCUUUAAUUGAUGAAGUUGCAAUGAAUUCUGUACUUCUCCUUAAUUUUAUUUGUGAACUAUAAGAAUAAUUCCUGCUAAAUAUCUAAAAGUAUGGAUUCGCAAAAAACUUGUUCAAUAUUCUAAGUGAUGCCUUCAUUUUAAAAACUUGUAUAAAUAUGUUUUAGUGAUCAAUGGAUUUUUUUCCGUAAGCAAUAUUUUUAAAAUCCAGCUCUAAAGGAUCAUCUGUUGUCACUAAACUGUACAAGGUUGGAAGUGUACUCAGUUCAGUCAUUGAGCAGUUUCUGCCCAGAUUCAACACAUGUUCAACUUGUUCCAACAUAUUUUUUUGGACAUUGAAGUUGAACUGUCUGGGACAAUUUGGGUGGAGCAAUUUGGAUUGAGAUCUAAACAAAGCUAUUUCUGAUCUGGGCAUAAUUGAUUUUACUGGUUAUAGUUUAAUGAAAAAUGUUCCUCCUCCUGAUGAAAUCAUGUGCACAACAAAACUGGUAUCACUUAUAUUCAUAGUAAGUUGAUUUUUCCCACUCAAGUUUGUUAAAUUUCUCUUUCCUCGUCUGGAAGAUGAAUUAAAUCCAUCUAAUGAUGAUGUCUGUCCAUGAAUAUUAAAUUUUCAAUUCUAAUUUUUAAAUGCUUCUCCUGACUUAACGAUGUUUGUUGUCCUCUCAUCAACAAUUGAGCUCCUUUCAGACCGGGAAACAUGAUUUCCCUCCAUCUCAACUGUUUUGAUCUCAAACUUGUUACGUGCAUUUUUACUUUUAAAAUUCCACUUUAGAUUUUAACUUCAGAAGGUUGUUUUUCACUCACUUUAAAUGCUUUGAGAACAGACAUACUAGAAUUUGUUGAACACCCAUAGAAAAAGUUCUUUUCUGUUCUUAUUUUUUAUCAUCAAUAAAUACUUUGAUUUAAACAUUA